GACGGUUGACAGCAGUCUUACAGUUCUUUACACCAAGCAGAAGGGUUUCACCUUUAAAUCGGUGUUAGUUCGAAUCAACGAGGUUGGUUCGAAUGCACGCCUGUGAGCUUCUUACGUUUAAAAGUAACUUCGGGAAAAAUGCCACUUACCCGCACGACAUCGGUGAACGCACGGUCGGCAUGGACACUUUGCUGUCUUCUGGGAAUGUUACUUGAUCUGACUGCAGCGCAGCAAGGUUCACCGGUGAGGCCGGCCAGCUUCGGACUAUUUAACCUCGGUCCCAAGACCAUCGAACAAUGGAGCAGAUACGGCCCAGAGCCUUCCCGGCAACUCGGAAAACAGUACCAAAUGGGCCAGGUACCUCUGCCCUCAAGAAUCGGACCAGAACGAGGAGGAAACGGCCGGCUCUUUCAGUCACCAUUGGGACCACACAGAGAAAAUGACAACCCCUCUUGGCCACCGUCCAGGUCACAAGGAGGAAAUGGCAGAUUCUUUCCACCAUCGUUCGAACCACGAGGAGAAAACAGCAGUCUCUUUCCGCCACCAUUUGGACAAGGAGAAAACAACCGCCCCUUUUCACCACCGUUCGGGUCACAAGGAAGAAACAACAGCUUCUUUCCGCCACCAUUCGGACAAGAAAGAAAUGGCAGCCUCUUUCCACCAUCAUUUGGACAAAGAGAAAACAGCAGCCUCUUUCCACCACUAUUUGGACAGGGAAACAACAGCCCCUUUUCACCACUGUUCGGACAAGGAAACGGCAGCCUCUUUCCGCCAUCGUUUAGACAAGGAGAGAACAGCAGCCUCUUUCCACCACUAUUUCGACAAGGAGGAAAUGGCAACCCCUUUUCACCACCAUUCGGACGACGAAAUGGCAGCCUCUUUCUGCCAUCGUCUGGACAAGGACAAAACGGCAGCCUCUUUCCGUUCCCAUUCGGACAAGGAGGAAACAGUAGUGCCUCUUCACCACCGUUCGGACGAGGAAACGGCAGCUUCUUUCCGCCAUUGUUUGAACAAAGAGAGAACGGGCAGCGACACCCUGUCCCAGGCCACUGGGGUCACAAGCGUUUCGGGGCAGUAAAACUGGAAACGCCGAUUGGCUGA